AAGUUGUAUAUGUAUGCACCGAAUUUCUGCAUUUACCGCUUUGACAUUUCGGACGGUAUAAUUUUUUUAUAAAAUGGGUAAGACAAAAGACGCCAGCUCAGACGAAGAUAUAGCUAUAGAAACUAGCGAUGUAUCUCCACAAAAGAGGCAUAAGAAGCAUAAGCAUAAAAAGCACAAGAAGAAAAAAACAACCCAUGAUGGCAAUGAUAAUUUUAAUGAUGUUACUGCUGAAACUGAAAAAAAGAAAACAUUUAGAGUUAAAAUGAAGAAGGAUGAUGAUAAAGGUUUAGAAAAGUCUCGUGAAAAGAUGCAAAAGACAUCCAAUUUGAGUAUUGCAAGUUCGAGUACUGCACCAUCACCAAAAGCUCCUACGAAGAAAAAAGUUCCAAAGAGUAAUAAAGGUAAAGAUAGUGGUACUAGCAGUGAAGAAGAACGAUGGCUCGAUGCAAUAGAGUCUGGAAAAUUAGAAGAAGUUGAUGAUGAAUUGAAGAAAAUCAAACCAAAAGAUCCAAAAUUAAUGACAGCACGUCAGAGAGCCAUGUUUGAAAGAAAGACUGAUGCUGAAUCAAACCCUGGUGUCGAACAGUUAAUGUCCUUACCAACAGGAUAUAAAGAGAAAGUCAUGACAGCUGAAGCUAUACAAAAGGCUGCUCUUAAAUCAUUGAAAAGAAAACAACUAGCUGAUGAGAAAAGGGAAAAAGAUAAGAAAAAAACAAUGGAAAGGUUGCUGAAAAAACAAGAAUCUAAGGCUUCUAAAGUUAUCAGCAAAGGAAAACCUUCCAGGAGGCAAGUUCCUUUAAUUACUUACCGCCUAACACUUGAAGGAAGCUCAAUAUCUUUACCAGUUGGAGAAGAGUUUCCAUUACAGCCUGCAAAGGCGAAAGAGCCACCGGUGCGAGUUCUUUGCAGUGUAAAUCAAUGCAAGAAUCCAAAAAAAUAUUCGUGCGCAAAAACAGGAGUGCCUUUAUGCAGUUUAGAAUGUUAUAAGAAAAUAUCCGAAUCUCCGUCGUAUGCAACUUUCGUAACUAGGACUAGUUUAGACCUUGCUUUCACCAAGCCAAGAUACACUCCACCAAGUCGCUGUUUGAUCGUCGAACGCACAACAUCGCGUUACAUAUUUGCCGGGUCAUCUUUGGUUCAUCAUUCGCGAUGAUAACACGGCAAUCAACGUAA